AUGACAAACACCGAUGAAUCAUUGUCUAUGUAUUUUGAUGAUGACUUUAAUCCAUCUGCAUAUAUUGACAAACUUGUACAUACAAUAACCAAUCUGAAUCCAGCGAGCUCAACAACACCGGUUACGGCAUAUUCAAAACUGUCAUUAACAAAACUAUCCAACGACAUAUCCCAUUUGAUAACACAUCUUGAUUACUACACCAACAUGAUAACCAAUGAUAGCUUACAAAAGAAAUUAGAUGCAUUAGAUAAAUCAAAUGAAAUAAUCAAUAAUAAUGAAGAGAAUGGCACCACGAGAUUGCAGUAUCAUGUACAUGUUUUUAAUAACGCCGUGUUGUCUUUACAGACAGAGCUAAAUGAGAUCAAUAAACAGUUGGAUGAGUCAACCAUCAAUAAUGAAGCUAUCCAGAAACUAAUCCAAUUAAAACAAGUCAAAUCUAAUCUUACAAAGGUCUUGAGUAUAUUUGAGUUAGUCUACAAUUCAAUCUCGCAAGAUGAUGAACUUUCUUUUACGGUUGAUAAGUUUCAAAAUGCCCUUGAUGAUUUGCUUGCCUCGAUAAAAAACCAACUAGAAUCCAGUGACAAAAAUGACAAGUUAUUAGCGCAAAUAGAUAAACUACUAGAAAUGAAUGGCUUAUUCACACAUUUGUCGAGAUUCAACACUGCUUUCAAAAAGUUCCUUACCAAAUUAUCAAAUGAGAAGGAGGUAUAUUUAAACAAGAAAAGGUGA